AUGUCGCUACUCCGCAGUUCCAGAUUGCGCCAUGAGUAUCCGUCACCUCGUAGUCCUGUCCCUCGUCGUCGAUCCCCGCGUGAAGAGGAAUUGGAUGCAUUUUCCCCUCAUGGAAAGAAAAGUCACUCGCUUGACUUACCAGGCGAUUUUCAGCCCACCAGAGACUGUCAUGAUUCCCGGGUCAUUGGUGGAAGGAAGCUCUUCAAGACGGUGCAGGCAACUCAAUGGUCGCGAGAGUGGGGGCUCGCAGGAAAAAGGCUGGAGGACAUCUCCCUUCACGAGCUCACAUGGCUUGGGUGGGAAAACUGGGGCUUGAGGUCGUUGUCCGCCGGCUGCUACACUUCCCUGGUGUUUGCGCGUAGUGUGCGUGAAGGUCAGUGCAUGGACAUUUUUCAAAGGGAGCUCCGGGCACGCCAUAUUGACAUCGAGUCGGCGGCGAUCCAAUGGGCUCAACAUGAAAACCAGGUGUCCGCCGCGAGUGCUAGUUCCUUAUCGCGGGAAGACAAGAAUGAGAUCAUGAACAAGUUUGUGAAGUGGAUCGUUGAUCAGGUUCAAAAGUGGAGUGUGUCAGCAGUUGAAGAAUCCCAAAGUGUCCGCAUUCGACAGCUUGAAGCACAGAUUGCGGAGCUCAAGUCCCAACGCAGCCAGGGUGAAGCAUCGGGAGGGGCGCCUUCAAAAAGAAUGCAGAAUGAUGACGCGUCAAUGCCUGCAAACAAAAGACAACGCCUUUCGGGAAAGCAGGGGCAGCAAGAUCAGCGCAUGUCCGCCGAUCAGUUGUUCAACUUGGAUCCCCCCAAGAAGCCCCUACGGGCGGACUGUCCACCAAAAGCUGGAACAUCUUCUGUGACGGCAUGGGUAAAAAAACUACCUACUCCGGUUCAGUCCCGGGCGGUGGAGGAUUACAAGGCCAUUGAACCAUUGGUCAAAACUUGGUCGGAUGAUCAGCUGAGUUCUCUGCGAGAGAUUGCUUCGGCGUGGGGUCUUCCGGUGCAAUUGGCCGCAAACAUGGCCAACAAAGACUUAGUUCGGGUGAUCCGAUUGAAAGUGCAGCUAUAUGCAUUGCUCAAGUUUUUGAGGUAUGCUCCGGCUUUUGGCACUUCCACGCUGACGAUGCUUCGGCAAUGUGGAGUGGGUCCGGAAACAUACCGCGGGAAUGCUUUCACGAGUUCACAUGUGGUUUAUGUUCGUAUCCCGAUGUUGGCAGUGACAAGGAAGGGAUUGGUUUCGUCUACGUCGCAUCCUGAAAGUUGUAAAAACGCCGUGAAGAACUCUCUUGUCUAUGUGGGUUCCACCGCCACUACCCUGGCCUGUCGGGAUGCAAGCCGGUACCGCAAGUUCAAGCAGCUGUUUGACAGCACUGCAGUUCAGGCUGAGCCUUCUGUCAGAUAUUGGUUCCACCAAGCUUCAUUCUUUCACUACUUGUCUUUGGCCCUUUUUCCAUGUUCAUGCAAGAUGAAUGCUCGGGUGUGCGAGAAUGUGUUUCUGCAAAUGUGGAGACCUGGCCUGAACUACCCACAGACCAACAAGCUCAUUUUCCAGAGUGGCGGCGUAAAGGAAGUGCACCUCAUGAAGAAGCACGACUUCGUUCAAAAGAGGGUAGGAAAGAGGCUUUUCUUGAAGCUGCGCAGGCGCAUGAAGUGUGUCUCAAUGCAUUUUCAAAGCAUGCAGGCCAGAUUGACCCUUAAUCGCGAAGAAGCAUGGAUGAUUCUUCAUGACCUUGCGACUCAUGAUGGCCGGGCGUGGGAUAUGCAACGCAGUUUGGGGUCUAACAAGUGGUCUCAUGAUCAUGUUUAUGCGCUGUACAAACUCGCGGCCAAUUUGGAGGAGCCAUUCCGAUCCAGAGUCCGUAACCGUUUGGCAGCGGUGUUGAAAUUUCGGCAUCAAGACGUACCCAAAAGAAACCAGCCUCUUGUUGUUCCGUUUCUGGCGCAUUCCAAGUUUCCGACCUUCGUGGUGAGAUGGUUGCGAGAUGUGCGAAGCCAGUUUCAGGAUGUGUUGUUGCCUUUUCAUUUGCCGUCAAAGACAGUGGUUGAAGGGAGACAUCAGAGCGUUGCCAGGCUGCUUUUCUCGUUCAAAGAGUGGUUUCAAAAGUUCGAGUCUUUUCCUGGGGAAUCGUUUUGCAAUUGUCAAGAAGUAUUGCGGCAGCAUCCGGAGUUGGAGACCGUUGAUGGACAUGUGGCAUCUCCGGCUGAGAGACUUUCCAUGUCCACACAUUUGAAGAAGUUUGUGGGAUACUCUGCGAAGACUAUGGUUUUUCCGAGCAAAGUUUUGUUUCUCAAAGUUACGCUCAAGGUGGUGCAGACAUGGGCUCGGAUUCACAAGUUUCCUGUUCGCGAGAUCAAGGUUCAGUGGGAGAGGUUCGUGGAAGAACAAUGGCCAAUGCACUUGCACGCUGCUUCUCAUCGGUUCACUUUUCAGGACGCGUGUCGAGUAAAACAACAUCUGCGCCAUGUGGUUUGUCACAGUCGCGAUCAUGCAUAUCAGCAGGUCAUGGUGUAUUGUCCGGAUUUGUUUCACAAAGGAGCACGAGCCACGUUUGAGGAUCAAGACGUAUAUGAGGAGCUUCCAUAUUUGCCACAGGUUUAUCGUCAAAGCGAUGCAAAACAGGAAUCCUUGGGGUUUCAAGUUGGAUGCGCCAAUGCCUCGAGCUUUCAUUUUUUGAAGAAGAAAAAGCAGUACCAAUCUGCCAGAAGCAUCAUUUCGUAUCGGAAGUCUAUGCUUGCACCUGCGUUGAAGGUGGCAUCACUUGUGCUAUGUGAAGUCACAAAGGAGGUUUUUCCCGAAACCUUUGGGCGACUGAGUUUGAACAAGUGGUGGCCAAGUUUGCACGGGUACAUGCGCGAUAUUGUCAUUCCGUGGCGUGACGUGACUGAGUUUGAAGUGGUUUGUGACGAUUUGGUGGGCUUCUUUAACUCGCUGCCAGUGGAGCGUAUCCAACAGGCUGUUGAGCUUGCUUUUCUGCAGUACUUCCAGAAACGACCAUGCGCCGACUCCGAUGCGUUUGUUUUCACAGUGAAUGAUCGUCAAAAGUUCUCAGAAGGCCGGGUGUUGCGAGGCAAAGCACGGGUGUUUCGGAGUGCUGUGAUGCGGCAAAUUUCGGCAGGAGAUGUCAAGCAGAUUGUGGCGUUGUCUUUCCGCUUCUCCAAAUUUACAAUCAUGGGCAGAUGUUUUCGACAGCGGCGAGGCUCUCCGAUAGGAAACCAAAUAAGUCCCGCCCUUUGUGACCUGACCGUGAGUGUUGAGGAAGCUAUGUGGAUUGCAAGCUUCGAUGUUGCAAAAAGGUCCUGGAAAGCAAUGUGUUGGUUUGGGAGGUAUGUCGACAAUCGUUUUCUUGUUUUCCCGCGAGAUUUCCUGCAGAGUCAUGCUUUUCAAUCCCUGGUGAGCCCGAAUUUUUACCGCGAUCCGGUGUGUCUCGAAGCGUGUGACGCUGGUGACGUGCUGGGGUGCGUGGUGGACGUCGAAGCGGCAACCGUGGAAUUUCGAAUUCCAAACGAGACCUGGCAGUAUCGACCGGUGAACAGUGCAGGCUCGAGAAGAGUGAACUUGGCAGGCUACCGGUCACGGACAUGCCUCAUAAAACGGCAGUCUUUUCCGAAGAGUGUGGUUCAAAAGCAAUUGCGUGAACUGGCAGGUAUGUACACACGUUUUGGUUUCACUGAUGACGAUCUCAAGCGUGCGUGA